ACUCCGAAGUCAGAACUUACGAGGGCGUACCUGAAGGCAGCAGGGACAGUCGUCAGAGGGGAAGCUUCAAGAUGGUGAAAUUUGGGCUCCAGUUCAAAGCCACUUUGGAGAAUGUCACCAAUGUGAGACCAUUGGGCGACGACUUCCGCUGGUUUCUGAAGCUAAAGUGUGGAAACUGUGGAGAGGUCCCAAAUAAAUGGCAAUAUGUAACCUUAGUGGAGAGUGUACCACUAAAGGGAGGAAGAGGAAGUGCCAGCAUGGUGCAGAAGUGUAAACUUUGUGCCAGGGAAAAUUCAAUAGAUAUCCUGGCAGACACAAUCACACCCUAUAAUGUCGAGAACAGCGAACACUUCAAGACAAUGGUGCAGUUUGAGUGUCGAGGUCUGGAGCCCAUUGACUUCCAACCACAAGCUGGCUUCACUGCAGAAGGAGCAGAAUCUGGAACAAAGUUUCCUGAAAUCAACCUACAAGAAAAAGACUGGACAGACUACGAUGAGAAAGUCAACGAGUCGGUGGGAAUAUAUGAGGUCACACACCAGUUCAUCAAGUGCUGAUGUACUCAUGAGAUGAGCCUCAGAGGUGGGCAAAUGAAUGCUACAGCUGGACAUCCUUAGACGAACGCUACAGCCGGACAUCCUCAGACUUCUUUCCUGACAUCAGGGAUGCGACAGGCACUGAGGUGGCGUUGUUUGGUUAAUGAUGAACGCUAACAAGUGUGGGGGUCAGAUUGUCCAUAGACAUCUUGGAUUAAUCAACACGUUGAAGGUCUUUUUCACUGCUUCAAUAAAACUGAAAGGUGAAAA